ACAUGGCGGCUCCCCUGGGCGGCAUGUUCACCGGGCAGCCCCCCGGUCCCCCGCCGCCGCCGCCGCCGGGCCUCCCGGGCCAGGCCUCGCUCCUGCAAGCGGCGCCUGGAGCUUCCAGAUCAUCGAAUAGUACGUUGGUGGACGAGCUGGAGUCGUCCUUCGAGGCUUGCUUCGCUUCUCUUGUGAGUCAGGAUUAUGUGAACGGCACUGAUCAGGAAGAAAUUCGAACUGGUGUUGAUCAAUGUAUCCAGAAGUUUCUGGAUGUUGCAAGACAGACAGAGUGCUUUUUUCUACAAAAAAGAUUGCAGUUGUCUGUUCAGAAACCAGAGCAGGUUAUCAAAGAGGAUGUAUCAGAACUAAGGAAUGAAUUGCAACGGAAAGAUGCUCUGGUCCAGAAGCACUUGACAAAGCUGAGGCACUGGCAGCAGGUGCUGGAGGACAUCAAUGCACAGCACAAAAAGCCAGCCGAAGUCCCUCAAGGCUCCUUGGCCUACCUCGAGCAGGCAUCUGCCAACAUUCCUGCACCUAUGAAGCAGACCUGAGUGCCCUGGCCAGCGCGGAUUCCUGUCCAGACAGCUGAUCAAGCUUCCUUCCGUAUGGCAUUCUGGAAGAACUCUGUUGAAGAAUGAUAGGCUGGGUGUGGUGGCACAUGCCUUUAAUCUCAGCACCUAGGAGAUAGAGGUAGGAGGAUUUCUGUGAGUUCGAAGCCUCCCUGAGACUACAUAGUGAAUUCCACGUCAGCCUGAGCUAGGGUGAGAUCCUACUUCGGUUAAAAAAAAAAAAAAGAAUAAUUUAAUGCUAAUUUUAUGUUCCCACUGUUGUUAUUAUGGUGUUUUUUGUUUUGUUUUGUUUUGUUUUGUUUUUGAGGUAGGGUCUCAACUGUAGUUCGGGCUGACCUGGACUUCACUGUGUAGUCUCAGGGUGGCCUCGAACUCAUUGGCGACCCUCCUAUCUCUCUGCCUCCUGAGUGCUGGGAGCAACCCACUAUUAUUUUUGAGUGUCAGCUCUUACUCUCUCCUGAGACAAGGUCUCACUGUCCACACCAGGCUGGCCUGGAGUGCAGCCCCCUGCCUUAGGCUCCUCAGUCCUAGCUUCUUGGGUACUUUGAAAGUGCAUGUCUUUGGUAAGUCAAGUAAGAUUUUUUGUUUUUAGUAAGUUCAGAUUGUCAGGGUAAUGACACAGAUUCCCUCUUCCUUCAUGGAGUCUUUGUUGGGUUAAAUAUCUUUCCAUAGCUUCAUCUCCAUUUUUCUGGUUGCUAGUUUGUUAGGACUGAAGGAAAGAAGUAAUAAUCUGAGAAGCAGGAGGUAAUUUGAUUGUUGGCUUUAAUAGCUAUUCAUCCGUGGUAGUGCAGACAAAUGCGUAAAUUUUCUUUUUCAAGACUUUGAACUGCCUCAGGAAGAGGAGUCUUAACACAGCAUGUUACGCUUCCAGAACAGUACACAGUUUGCACAUUUUGUGAGGGAGUUACAAAAGGUUCAACUAUGCUGUUAGUGUGCUGAGUAUAGGAGGUUUGACGUCGGCUUCUACUUGGGGUGAGCUUAUAUUUGCAUCAUGCUUACUUAGUUGGGGAUGAAACAGAACCAUGCUGCCCUGGUCAGUGUAAGGACAAGGCAGACCUUGUCUCAGUAGUGUCACAGUGGGGACAUCGGUGAACUGUAAGGAGUUAAAAGAUGACGUAGAUUAUCCCUGCUUUGAGGUUGGUGCAGUUUUACCUUCUCAGAGCAGAUUACAUCCCUUAACCAGAGCAAACACUGCACUGUCCUUAGUAGUGUCUCCCAGUCAAUGUCUUGGCCUGUGUUGGUCUACAGCCUUCAUGUCCCUCACAUUGACACUCAUUAGUGUCCUUGUGGUUCUGGAUGCCCCCUGGUCUGUGAAGCGUCCAUUGUCCCCAGGGCACAGGAUUUUGUGUAUGCGUUUCUUACCAACCUUUUCAGUUUUUCCUUAAGGGUUAUGAUUCAUACUUGUCUUUAUGUCUGUUGCUGCAUAUGUCCCCAAGAAUUAGGCAUUAUUCCCCUUGAACCUAAGAGAUCACAUUUAUUUUUUAUAUGGUGCUUUUUAUCUUUGCGGGCUUGGUUGUAUGAUACUUGCCACGUGGACCUAUGUGUACCGCCUAAAGCCAACACAGUCCCUCUUAGAAUGGAUAAGGUAAGCAUAGCUUUCAGAAGUUGUUCUAGGUGAGACCCAGUGGCAGACAUGUACUCCCAAGUUCUGGUAGGUACAAAGGAAGAUCAGUUCAAAGUCAUCCUGUUACACAGCAAGUGUGAGAUCAGCCUGGGUGACAUGAGACUUUUAUCUUAAAAAAAUAACAAAAAUGAUUGCUGUUACUCACAUAAGGUUUUGACUGGUGGUCUCAUACUAAUUAUGCUAAUUAGAAGUACCAAGCCAGGGCAUGGUGAUCCACACCUUUAAUCCCAGCACUUGGGAGGCAGAAGUAGGAGGAUAGCUGUGAGUUCAAGGCCAGCCUGGGCUAGAAUGAGGCUUUACCUUGGGGGAAAAGAAAAAGCAGCUCUGACUGGCAGUUUUAGAUUUCUUGGUAAAAACCUAAUGCGACUACCUCUUUUUAAAAAUAAUUUUUAUUGGGACCUUUAUGAGCAUUCUACUGAUUAGCCAUAUUCCCAUCAGGUUGUCCUAAUUUGUCUCCUCUUCCACCCCCAUUCCAGUGAGGGCACUUAUCAGUGGGGACAUAGGUAAUCACUGGCUUAUGAAUGUACCCGUCUAUUCCUGUCAGGAGGACAGUACCUCACAGUACGCCUUUCCACCUGUGGCUCUUAACCUGCUUUCCACUCCCUUUUCCACAAUCUGUUACAUUUUCAUUAGUCUUUCAGUAAUAAAGUUGUUCUUGGUGAAAAUACUGGAAAUUGUUCUUGGUGCUUAAUGAAAAUAUUUUGAAUUAGUCUAUGUAUAAGUUAAUUACUUAACUAAAUUCAGAGCAAUGUCAAAUAAACAAUUUUAAAUCUUG